CGUGAGCCAAUCAUCGCGCGGCGCCUGCUCGUUCUCGAGCGCGCUCUCCAGCGCGGCGCACAUUCACGCGCGGAUCGCAGCGAGCGUCGCGUCGCGUCUCUCCUCUCAUUCCCGCGGAUGUCUCAUGUAAACAUGUUCUGCUAGACACUGACAGAAAGAAGAAAGCGACAGAGACCUCAUUCAGCUGCAUCAAGAAGCACGAGGAGCGACUCAAACUGAGCAACACUGACGUGGAAUCAGAGCGCUGGAGGGGCAGCAGAGGGCAAAGGUCAGACUAGAGAUGCUAAGCUAUGUCAGACUUCUACACACUAAAACAACAUGGAGGAGUUUAAAGUUCAGACCGCCAAACAUCCCGUACCCAACAGCUCGCCCAUGAGGCCGCACAGCGAGCACUCGAAAGAGAACGCGGCCAAACGCCUGUCCUCCGCAUCAAACGGCACGAGCGAUGGAGGAGCGGGCUGCAAAACGCCCGUGGAGAUCACCGCGCUGGAGGAGGCAUUUCGCCGCUUCGCCAUUCACGGAGACACGCGAGCCACCGGGAAAGAAAUGAACGGCAAGAACUGGUCCAAACUGUGUAAAGACUGCGGCGUCAUCGAUGGCAAGAGCAUCACCCUAACAGACGUGGAUAUAGUCUUCUCUAAAGUCAAGAACAAAUCUGGCCGCACUAUUACAUACAGCCAGUUCAAAGAAGCACUCGUGGAGCUGGCCAGGAAACGCUUCAAAGAUAAGAGCAGCGAGGACGCCGCACAAGAGGUUUACAAAAUGAUAGAAGGGAAAUCGCCCAUUAUAUCUGGAGUCACGAGAGCCGUGGCUUCUCCGACCGUGUCCCGCUUGACUGACACCACCAAGUUCACCGGAUCGCACAAGGAGCGUUUCGACGAGACGGGCCGCGGGAAGGGGAAAGCAGGGCGCGUGGAAGUGGUGGACACGUCCGGAUACGUCCCUGGAUACAAGCACGCGGGGUCAUACGAGAAGAAGGUUCAAAAACCUCCACAAAAACCCAUGUGAGAUUCUCCUUCCAGCAGUGAACGCGAAACCCGACUCUAUAAAGCACAAAGGAAUUUUCCAUUUUCCAUUGAGAGUACGUCUUUUUCCUGUGAAUAACAUUGAGUGUAUGUUCCUCUUCCUUUAAGUGUUUUAUUACUUUUAACUGGAACGCUGUUUACAUCCAAACACCGACGUCACCAGCUGGUACGUUCCUAACAAACACGAUGAUGCCAAGAGAAAGACAGAAUUGCACGCUCUAUUAGUGAAGGUUUUUGCUGAUAAUCUGUCGUACAUAUUGACAUGAAAUGCAUAUAUGAGUAUUUGGCGUUUUGUGGCUUCUCUAAUGAUGCAAUAGAAUCAGGCCUGAAAUAUAAGUUACACGCAAACGCUUGAGCAAUGCAAUGCAAGUGCAUGAUCCCAUGGGAAAGUUAAAGUUUCCUUUAAACGUUUGUGCCGUUAAACAAUUUGCAUUAUAAUAGCACACAAAACUGAGCUUGCAAAACUAGAAGUGUGGUCACGUAUUUUAUAUUUUCCACUUAUAUUUCAAUGCAUUUGGCAGAUGCUUACAUUGCAUUCAAGGUAUAAAUUUGAUCAGUUCAUGCAUUCCCUGGGAAUCAAACCCAUGACGUUGCUAGUGGCAUGCAUGUAAAGUUUGUUUCAGGCCUAAGUUAAAAAAAGAUAUAUAUUUAAAUUUAUUUGACAGACUUAUUAUAAAUUACGCAUAAUUUAAAGGGGUCAUGACAGAGAUUUUAAUGUUCCUUGAGAUUCACAUGAGGAUUCAAAGAGAUUCAAAAUCAGUGAUUAUAAUGGUUUUAUUUGCUUUUGACACGACACUCACAUCUAGUGUCGGCAAAUGUCAGCCAUUAAAGGCACAAUAUGUAAGAUUUUUUUAUUAAAAUAUCCAAAAACCACUAGAACAAUGUUAUAUUUUGUUGACUUGUGUACUUACAUUAUCCCAAAUGUUUCCAACCAUGUUUAAAUCCAGAGAAAUCAGCACUUUUAACCAGGACACGAACCGUGUCCAUGCAUCACCUGUCAAUGACAUCAUAUCCGCGUUAUCCUUGAUUUCCAGUUUUACCAAUAUCGAUCCAAAUUGUGUCUCAUAGCAGCCACCGAGCAAACGCAACACACUCAAAUGUAUUUAGAUUGUUUUAAUUACAUGUAAAAUUACAUAAUGUGCCUUUAAGUGACUUAACGCCAGUAGGCGGGGCCUAUUAUGUGAUGACGUAAAACUAUUCGUCGAUGUCUUGCCCUGGAGGCAUAUGCAAAUGUAUUUGCCCAUGUGAUCACACAAUAUCCAAAACAGCCAUUUUUGAAGCUUGAUUAAAUAAAUGCUUUGUUUUUUUAACGAGGAUUUUUUAAUGGAUGUUUUAAUAGUUCAGAGACCUCUUUUAUGUCAAAAGAUCAAGGCAAAUUUGAUAUCUCAUGUCAUGACCCCUUUGAGUUAUUUGGAUGCAUUUGUGGCUUUAAAAACUGACUUGAUAAUUUACCUGUACCAAGAUCAUCUAGAUUUUACAUUUUAAAAAAAUCUACUGAUUCUGUUUGAAUUUCAUAUAUAUUUUAUACACAUCUCUAUGAUCUAUAACUGAAUGCAAAAGUCCAACCAUCAUAAAUUGUUGUUUGAUGCAUAAAGAAUUGACCGCUGGUGCUCAAGAUUGUAUAUCUAGUUGUUUGGUCGAUGUUUUUGUAGGUUUGACAAGUCGAUGGCAUAGCUAACUAUGUAUUUUUGAUUCUAUAAUGGCAUAAUAUGAAACACUGCCUGUGUGUUUUUAAUUGUGGAAUGAUUAACCAUAUUAUGUAAAAGAAAACACCAUCAGCAAUAGGUUCAGGAUUUUCUUCUCUGCAUCACAAUACAUUUGACCAGCAUUAUCAUACCUCAAUACAGACUAAAUAAUGUCAAACCAGCAGGGUUAAUGGCUUACUGUCCUUUCAAAAACUCCUCUGUGUAUCUUAACUAGGAGCUUUGGGUAAACAAAAUGCCAAAAACAAUAUAGAAGUUUCUAAUGAUUUUUUUAACACGUAUAAUCAGACUCGCGCAGAAUCCGCAGCACUGAAUCAGAACAGAGUUGCAUGUUCUUUAAUGAAAUAUUUUGGCUAAUGUGAUCAUCUUUUUGCUCUAUUAGCACAUUUUACCAUAUUUAAAUCCAUUAUGCAGAUCAGCAUAGAAAAUACGAUUAGGUUUGCAGAUUAUGCCUGGGCCUGUUUAUCAGCAAUAGAUCAAACUGCAAAUGAAGGUAUUAAAAGGAAUUUUGUAUUCUGCUGUGGAUUUUAGUUUGAAAAGCACUGUUGUUAUAUUUAACAUGUCCUAUCAAGGCACUUUGCUGUUUUUAUUAAUACGUGCAGUGUUUCUGCCUACAGAACAAUGUUUACAAGAGAAGUGACAUGCUGUAACUAACGCUGGCAUGGCAUAAAUGAAUACAUUCCCUUUACCAUAACUAGUGUUCGGAAUUAUUUAUAAACGCACUGCCAUCUGAACACACUGGACAAGAUCCAACCUUCAGGGUUCCCACAUUUCUGACCAAUGAAUUUCAAUGCCUUUUCCAUGACCUUUCCAGUCAUUUUGUGAGUACUGGAUGUGGAUUUAAAAAAAAAAAAAAAAAUUCAUUCCGAUUCACUAUUGAAUCAUUCUGAUUCACUAAAGACAACCGACUCAAAAGAAUGAUUCGCUCACAAAUCGGACCUCAUGGCUUGCGAACGAGUUUAACUCAAUGCAAAAUCAGUAUUUAUUAGCUAAUUUAAUAUUUUAAAAUAGAGCAUCACUAGUAAAAUCUAUAUUCAUUAUAUUUUCAAGAGUAAAGACCCAUUCACACCAAGAACGAUAACUAUAAUUGGGAUCACUUUCAGAACGAUUUUUUUUUCCCAGCUGUUGAACGAUAAAACACUGACAGCCAAUCAGAAUCCAUUCUAAUUUAGGGGCUUGCGCAUUUAAAAUGGCGGACGAGUUAAUCGCUGAGGUCCAGAAACCCCCUUUUCAAGGACACAUUAAAAAAUGGAAAACAAUUGGUCAUACUCUCGGAAUAAAUUGUGUAACACAAAAUUACCUCAGGUAUCCAGCGCUAUUGUCUUGCUUCCUUUGAAGUUGCAGUGAAAAAGACUAGCCGUUGUUUUUAUUCCACUAUUUUGGCUUUGUUCGCUAAAUUCACUGUUAGAUUAGAUCGAUUACACUAGCUAGAUUCACUCGAAACAUAGCAUGCUGAGGACAUCUGCUGGUUAAAGCCGUAAAUGCAACAAGAACAGCAAAACAAAAACAUGUUCAAUGACAUAUUGUACACACUGAAACCGCAACAAGCGUGCAUAGAAUAAACAGCCGGUUAUCAUUCAUUUGUGUGGACGAAAAUAUAGUUAUCGUUCUUGGUGUGAACGGGCUUUUAAGACCUUUUAAGAUUUUAUGACGACUUUUCCAGACCUGGAAAACACAGAUAUUUUUACAUGAUCGUGGGAACCCUUUGAAAUAGAUGAAAUUGUCCACGUCUACGGAGAGAAGGGAUGAGUGAGAGUGUACAGACAUAUUCUUCUACAGAACAUCUAUUUUCAGAUAAGAAAAGUGGCAACGGAUCAUAAAUGUCAAGCUCUCCUGCAGAUUCUGCUCAGAAAGUGGCUCAUAUUUAUGAUAAUAAACCACAAAUAAGUAUACAUGUUGUCUUAUUUAAUGUAUGAUUUUAAUGUUUCGUGUGCUUAAUGCCAAAUACUGUUAACCAUCCAUUUUGAGGAACAAUACUGUCUUAUUUUUUAAAUAAUGUUUUUUAAUGUUCUACAGUAUCCUGAUAUGCAUGUUAUAUGGUGAUGGUAAAAUGAUUUUAACGUGUUAGUGUUUUGUAGCAUCGUAUUGAAUAAAAAAACAAACUGC